UGCACAUGACUGGUGCUCUUCUCCCCAAAGUAGGUCUUCCCAGUAAGCGUUAGCUCCGUUUUAAGGCCGAGAAACAACCCCAAACUGCAAAUAUGUCAAGAAAAUUCUUCGUUGGUGGCAACUGGAAGAUGAAUGGCGACAAGGCAAGCCUUGGAGAACUCAUCAAAACCCUGAACUCCGCCAAGCUCGACCCCAACACCGAGGUGGUCUGCGGUGCCCCAUCAAUCUACCUGGAGUUCGCCAGGUCCAAGCUGGACCCUAAGAUCGGAGUGGCCGCUCAGAACUGCUACAAGGUCAAGGGGGGAGCCUUCACCGGGGAGAUCAGCCCUGCGAUGAUCAAGGACGUUGGCGUGCACUGGGUGAUCCUGGGCCACUCUGAGAGGCGAUGGGUCUUUGGAGAGACUGAUGAGCUUAUUGGUCAGAAGUGCGCCCACGCCCUGGAGAAUGGCCUGGGUGUCAUUGCCUGUAUUGGUGAGAAGCUGGAUGAGAGGGAGGCUGGCAUCACAGAGAAGGUCAUCAACGCACAGACCAAGCACUUUGCAGACAACAUUAAGGACUGGUCCAAGGUUGUUCUGGCCUACGAGCCCGUGUGGGCCAUCGGUACCGGCAAGACCGCAUCCCCCGCCCAGGCCCAGGAAGUUCAUGACAAACUGAGGCAGUGGGUAAAGGCCAAUGUGUCUGAGGCAGUAGCCAACUCUGUCAGGAUAAUCUAUGGAGGUUCCGUGACAGGUGGCACCUGCAAGGAGCUGGGAGGCAUGAAGGAUGUGGAUGGUUUCCUGGUUGGCGGCGCUGCACUCAAGCCAGAGUUUGUUGACAUCAUCAACGCCAAGCAAUGAAAACCCUGAAGUGGUCAGACCAUGUCAAUGAGGCUAACUCCAUUCAGACGAAACCUGAACCAUCAUCCUCAACUCUGGCACUUAGAACCCCCAAACCAAACCCCCUUCCCUUUUUUAUUCAAAGUAUUUGUGUGAUGAUGUCUUUACCUCUGUUUCCUUUUUUGGUUUAAUGUUUCAAAGAGAAAAGGGACAGAUUGACACGCAUACUAUACCACAGUGAAAGGCGUUAGUUCCACUGAGAUGGUGUGUUUUUUUGUACUAGCCUCCACACUACUGUUUUAAAGGGGCUGCGCUUGACAACACCAUCCUGGGUAGAACAACAACCCAUGCCUUUACUUGAAAGUUUACAAACUUUUAUGUAUACAGUGUCAAAACUAGCAAAGUCAAUCAGAUUCACUUGUCUUUGUAAUAUAGCUGACUCUUUUGUGUAAUUAUGUUCUGUGGCUUAUCCCUUCCUGUAGAACGCAUGAUCCGCUCUCUCAUUGGCUACUCAGUCAAGAGGGAGGCGUCCAUUACAUGUCAAUCAUGUUUCGUCAUGGCCGACGGUUAGAAGGGGGAGAACGCCUAGGAGAUGUUGUAAUAAAAGGUUUAGAGACUAA